CCCGGGAAGACAUACUUAGAAGAAAGUACUUCCUGAGUGAAGAAGCAGCCAUUGGAGAAAACAGCAUGAAGGGCAUCUGUGAAACAGCCAUGGUCAAGUCUUUGCUACUGUUGAUGUUGGGACUUGCCAUUCUGAGGGAGGUAGCAGCUCGGAAGAACCCCAAAGCAGGGGUUCCUGCCUUGCAGAAGGCUGGCAACUGUCCUCCCCUGGAGGAUAACAGUGUGAGAGUUGACAUUCGCAUCUUCAAUCAAAACCAGGGCAUUUCUGCCCCACGUGAAUUCCAGAACCGCUCCAGUUCCCCAUGGGAUUACAACAUCACCCGAGACCCCCACCGGUUCCCCUCAGAGAUCGCUGAGGCCCAGUGCAGACACUUAGGCUGCAUCAAUGCCCAGGGUCAGGAAGACAGCACCAUGAACUCCAUCGCCAUCCAGCAAGAAAUCCUGGUCCUUCGGAGGGAGCCCCAAGGCUGUUCCAAUUCCUUCAGGUUGGAGAAAAUGCUCCUAAAAGUUGGCUGCACCUGUGUCAAGCCCAUUGUCCACCAUGCGGCCUGACAAAGCAGCAUACAGAAAUCAGCUGAAGACUUCCGCUGAGGAAAAGCCUCCUUUUAUCCAGAGCUCUGUGUGCCGAUCUCCAAGUCUUUAUGCUUUCUAGGAUUCUCAGUAAGGUGUGCAUGGCAUUCUUGCAGCUCUGCAGUAGAUAUAGCUUGAACUUUCUGGCUCGCUUUAGAAUUGUUACCAGUCCUGGUGUGUUCCCAAUGCCUUACUUAAACUCCUGAAAACAAAGGUAAAUGAAGGCACCCUUGGCCCAGUCUCUUUGUCUGUCAAGACUGUCACUCUGAUGCAGUAUCAUUCUUGUAGAGUUCAAUGAAAUGCUCAUAUUUGUGAUGGAAAGAAAACAAACAUAAUCAGAAUGUAUGGGAGGAGGCCUGUGUAGCAGGGGCUGGAUUGGCAAGGAAGAAGCACGCAUGGUAUGUGUGUUUUUAGAGAAAAAUUUGGUAAAUAUAAAUGAAGUUGGCAUAAACUAUUAUAUAUUUAUAUUGGUAGGGGAACUAUACAUAUAUUUAUGACCUAUUGAUUAUAUAUCAAUUUAGUAGAAAAUUAAUAUAUCCAUUAAUUAUGUAAUAAAAUAUUUUAAAUUCAAAAA